AUGGAGUGGAAUCAGUGUCUGAAUGGAAAGAAUGCUAUGAUAGAUGUGACACCCUUUUUGCUAUUCGAGUCAACUGGCGAUUCAGAAGAAGUCAAAGCAGGUGCUGAUGAAGAAGCAGCCAUGGAUGAAUCUGAAGGUGUAUUGUUCCGAUUCGAUGAUGGGGAUGAUGAGGAUGAUGAUGCUCAAUCUUGCAGUUAUGAUCAUUCAUCUUAUAUUAACACAAGUUAUGCUAAUACCCAUCAUGAUCAAACUCAAGGAUUUAUCCAUGACGAUUUUGAUGAAGAUGAUGAUGAUGAUACGAAUAAUUGGGGUGAGAGCAAUAUGAUGGAUCUGUCUAUGCAACAGAACGGAUCUAGUAAAUUCUGUGUCGAUUCUUCGAAUCAAAGAGAGAUUGAUAGAAAAUUCUGGGAAACUUGCUUGGCAACUUGA